AGUACAGUUAUGCCGACCAGAAACUACAAGCCAGUGCACCAGUAAAUGAUUAACACGUAUUCAGUAAAUGGAAGACAAUUGCCAGAGAGCCUUUUUAGUGAGAUAUGGAUGAAACUGAAGAUGUGCCAAAAGAUUUUAUCAAGCUCAAGUCUGCAAAGCUCUCUGUAGAUGAAGUGUCAGAGCUGGUCGUUUCACCAUACUGUGGGGCAGUGUCUCUGUUCAUUGGUACUACAAGAAAUAAUUUUGAAGGGAAAAAAGUGAUUCACUUAGAAUAUGAAGCAUAUACUUCAAUGGCAGAGACUGAAAUAAAGAAAAUCUGCAGAGAUGUAAGACAGAAAUGGCCUUCAGUCAAACAUAUUGCAGUGCACCAUAGACUUGGUGUGGUUCCAAUAACUGAAGCAAGUGUAAUUAUUGCAGUCUCCUCUCCACACAGAGCAGAAUCCCUUGAAGCUGUAAUGUACUGCAUCAAUACCCUAAAAGCAUCUGUACCAAUAUGGAAAAAGGAGAUUUAUGAGGAUGAAUAUUCUUGGAAAGAAAACAAGGAAUGCUUUUGGGCAAAUUCAGAAAAAUAACUGUACUCUUUUAAAAAUAAAGUGUUACUCUUCCAAAUGAGCAUA